AUGUCGCAGCUGAGCAAAAGCAUUGCACUUGAGCAACUGGCCAACCACAAUACCCUGGAGUCGUUGUGGACAACGGAUGUGUACGAUCUCACGACCUUCAGCUUGGACCAUCCAGGCGGCAUCGAGACACUCGAGACGUGUGCCGGGGCUGAUGGCACCGACCUGUACGAAUAUGCCGGCCACAGCGAAUCCAAUAUGGCGAAAAUGCAGCAAUACCACGUCGGCCAGCUUGCUGGAAGCCUUUAA